CGGAAACCUAACCUUAAUUUCAGCUUCUUCUUUUUACGUCUUUGUUUGUUUCUUAUUAGUUUCAAUUGGAUUUUCCAAGGUAAAAAAUCAAAAUAUCAAAGCAUGAAGCUGAAAUCUCAAGGACUGAAACUUGAAAUAAUUCGAACUGAAAGAGGGGAUUUUUUUUUUUUGAAUUCCAACUUUUAAACGGGGAGGUGACGAUGCAGAGUUGCAAACAAUGUGAUGUGGCGCCUCAGGGAGGUGCGCUUGUAAAUUUGACGCGCGUGCCUUGAGGUCUCGGUUUCGCCCUGUCACCUACUCCAGAGUCCAGACUGAAUCGUCGUAGUAGCAGUUUUUCUUUGCGUGCGCAUCAUCAAUGAAGACUUCGAGUAUCUUUUUUUUCCCUAGAUUAUACUUCGAGUGUAUCAUUAGAGAGCGCGUGAUCAGCAUUGAUGUGGUCUUGAUCUUUGCUUUCUUUAUCCAUUAUAAACUGAAAUCUGAAUCUGGACUUUGACAUCCUCCAUUUCCCGGAGUCUUCUUAUGUGAUGAUAGUGGAGUUUCGCUUUUUAAAAAGGGAAAACCUUGGUUUGAUGGACAGAGCAAUCCCAACUAUACUCCCAAUUCCUGUUUCAAAGAACCGUGUGCCAAUCAUCUAUAUAUGUAUGCUAUUUUCCUCACUUGUGGGCGGCGAGCGAAAAAGCCAUGAUGGAUAUGUCCUACUUUCCCAUUUUCAUCCUCCUGUUCUUGUUUUCUUUCUGCAAAUCGGAUGACUCGCUGACCCAGGGGAAGCCACUCUACCCUGGUAACAUGCUUGUUUCAAAAGGCGGCAUCUUUGCUCUCGGCUUCUUCUCCCCGACCAACUCCAACAGGGGCUUGUAUGUUGGAAUUUGGUUCUACAAUAUCCGCGAGCCCAACCGCACCAUCGUAUGGGUCGCCAAUCGCGACAACUCUGCCACCAGCACUUCACCUGCGACGCUAACCAUCAGCAACAAAUCUGACCUUGUGCUGUCAGAUUCCAGAGGCCGCACUCUUUGGAUGACGAAGAACAACAUCACUGCCGAAGAAGGUGCGAAUGCUUCUGCCAUACUGCUCGACACAGGGAAUUUGGUUCUAUCGUUGCCGAAUGGCACAAUCAUAUGGCAGAGCUUUGAUCACCCAACAGACACCAUCAUGCCAGGCAUGAAGUUCUUGCUGAGCUAUAAGGAUCAUGUUGUUGGACGCCUAAUUGCUUGGAAGGGCCCAUAUGACCCAUCAGUCGGAGAAUUUUCUUUCAGCCUCGACCCAAGCUCGAAAAUGCAAAUAGUCACAUGGCAUGGGACCAAGCUAUACUGCCGCAUGAAGGUGUGGAAUGGUGCUUCGGUGUCCGGUGGCACAUACCCAGGCAAUACCAGUUCUGUUGUGUACCAAACAAUCGUCAACACAGGGGACAAAUUCUACCUUAUGUACACAGUUUCAGACGGCUCACCAUAUGCACGCAUCAUGCUUGACUACACUGGCACGAUGAGGCUCCUUACCUGGAACAGCCACACCUCUUCAUGGGUUGCCACAUCUGAACGCCCCACUGGCGGUUACGGUGUCUAUGGCUCAUGUGGUACGUUCGGCUACUCUGACUUCACUGGGGCCGUCCCAACCUGCCAAUGCUUAGAUGGGUUCAAGUCCAACUCUCUGAACUCUUCGAGCGGAUGCCAGAGAGUGGAAGUGCUGAAAUGUGGCAAGCAAAAUCAUUUUGUAGCCUUGCCUAGGAUGAAGGUCCCCGACAAAUUCUUGCGUAUCCAGAAUAGAAGCUUUGAUCAGUGUGCUGCCGAGUGCAGCCGCAACUGCUCUUGCACAGCUUAUGCUUAUGCCAACUUGAGCAGCUCUAGCACUAUGGCAGAUCAGACAAGGUGCUUGAUUUGGACAGGGGAGCUUGUCGAUACGUGGAAGGUCAACAACUAUGGCGAGAACCUGUAUAUCCGGCUUGCCAACCCUUCUGGAGCUCACGACAAGAGCAAUUUACUGAAGAUUGUGCUAUCAGUUCUAACAUGCUUGCUGCUACUCAUGUGCAUAGCCCUUGCCUGGAGAUGCAAAUACAGAGUGAAACGGCGAAAGAAAGAAAUCCAGAAGAAACUGAUGCUAGGAUGCUUGAGUUCUUCCAGUGAGCUUGUAGGCGAAAAUUUAGAAGCUCUGUUUGUUAGCUUCGAAGACAUUGUGGUCGCAACGGAUAAUUUCUCCGACUCCAAUAUGCUUGGAAGGGGUGGUUUUGGCAAAGUUUACAAGGGAGUUCUGGAAGGUAACAAGGAAGUUGCUAUCAAAAGGCUUAGUUAUGGUUCUGGGCAAGGCAUAGAGGAGUUCAGAAAUGAAGUGACUCUAAUUGCCAAAUUGCAGCACAGAAACCUAGUUAGACUAUUUAGUUGCUGCAUUCAUGAAGAUGAGAAGUUACUGGUCUAUGAAUACAUGGCUAACAAAAGCUUGGAUUCCUUUCUUUUUGAUGAUACAAGAAAAUAUGUCCUUGAUUGGCUGACACGGUUCAAAAUAAUUAAAGGGGUGGCAAGAGGGCUUCUAUAUCUCCACCAAGAUUCAAGAUUAACGAUAAUUCAUAGAGAUCUUAAGGCAAGCAACAUCUUGUUGGACAAAGAUAUGAAUCCCAAAAUAUCAGACUUUGGUAUGGCAAGGAUCUUUGGUGGAAACCAGCAACAAGGAGACACUAUUAGGGUUGUUGGAACAUUCGGUUACAUGUCUCCGGAAUAUGUGAUGAUUGGCUCCUUUUCUGUCAAGUCGGACACUUAUAGCUUUGGUGUUCUUCUUUUGGAGAUUGUAAGUGGCUUGAAGAUCAGCUCGCCUCAGCUCAUAAUGAAUUUUCCAAACCUUACAGCUUAUGCAUGGAGAUUAUGGGAAGAUGGGAACGCAAGGUGUUUGGUGGACUCAUCAAUUAAUGAGAAUUGUCCAAUUCAUGAAGUUCUACGUUGUAUUCAGGUAGGACUCUUGUGUGUUCAAGAACACCCGGAUGCUAGGCCACUCAUGUCAUCAGUUGUGUUCAUGUUGGAGAAUGAAACCACUUCUCUUCCAGCACCAGAGCAACCUGCAUAUUUUGCAACAAGGAAUCUUGAAAUUGGGCAUAUUUGUGAAAACAUGGAAGAUUCUUCAAAUACGAUGAGUAUGACACUAAUGGGGCGCUAGAUGUUUAUCGUGAACUUUUAGUAUACACUGGAAUCUCAAUGUUGGUGUAAAAGCCUCUAAUGUACUGUAAAAUGGACAGUGAGUUCCAGCUUAGUGCUGGUGGUAAUGUAGUCUGCCGUUUGUAAAGCACUGAAGUGGACCUUACUCUGUACUGUACAACCGUGGAUAAAACACUAUACAGUAAGAAAUGUCUCAUUUCAAACAAGAUGUUUUUCUAUUCUAA